CACAUUUAUUCCCAUUAUUAUCAAAGGGGGAUGGAUUCAGCAUCCGCAAGCCAGCUGAAAAGCUCUGACGAUGAUGAGACUGUUGCUGAUAAAGUAUGUAACAAAAGCAUUGUAGUUCCACAUAGAGUUGUUGCAUUAGCCAACAGCUUCGAGAAGAAAGACCGUUCCUGGUAUGUCAAAUCUCAAAUCCCUAAUGAUCUGUCUAUUCAAGUCAAUGAUAUUACCUUCCAAGCACACAAGUUUCCUUUGAUCUCCAAAUGUGGUUACCUAAGCAACAUUGAGCUACAGCCAUCAACUUCUGGAAAUGGAUAUCAUCUCAAGCUUGAAAACUUCCCAGGUGGAGCAGAAACAUUUGAGACAAUUCUCAAAUUCUGCUACGGUCUCCAGCUUGACUUGAAUCCUCUCAACGUAGCUCCACUAAGAUGUGCAUCAGAGUAUCUGUACAUGACUGAAGAAUUUCAAGACGGGAAUCUAAUCUCCAAGACAGAUGGUUUCAUAACCUUUGUAGUACUUGUCUCAUGGAGAGACACGCUCACUGUUCUGAGAUCAUGUACAAGCUUAUCUCCAUGGGCAGAGAACCUUCAGAUUGUAAGGAGAUGCUGUGACUUGCUUGCUUGGAAAGCAUGCAAUGAUAGCCAUGAUAUACCAGAAGAUGUAGAAAACAAUGAGAGAAGUCUAUACAGUGGUAUAGCCAACCUCCAGCUUGAUCACUUCAUGAGAGUUGUAACAACUGUAAACGCAAGAAGGGGUAAACCAGAGACUAUAGGUAGACUCAUCAUGAAGUACGCAGAGAACUGGUUGCCGCUAAUCGAUGAGGAUAUUGAAGGCAUACGAGGUUAUGGAUCAGGAAACAAUGAGUUGCAGUUCAGUGUUGAAGGAGAAAGAACAGAGGAAAGCAGUUUAGGAUGUCAAGAACAGAAGAGAAUCAUUGAAAGCUUAGUGAGUGUACUUCCACAACAACCUGAAGCAGUGUCAUGCCAGUUUCUGUUGAGGCUACUGAAGACAGCUAUUGUGUAUUCUGCAUCACCAGCUUUAGUAUCUGAUCUUGAGAAGCGGGUUGGUAUGGCAUUGGAAGAUGCUAAUGUAUGUGACCUCCUGAUUCCUAACUUCAAAAAUGAAGAUCAACAGAAAGGAGCCAGUUCACCUGAGGAUUACACAAUAUACAAUGUGGACGUGGUUCACAGGAUUCUAGAGUAUUAUGUAAUGCAUGAGCAGCAGCAACAAGAGCAACAGAUUCAAGGAAAGCCAAGUAUAACAAAGCUAUUGGACAAUUACUUAGCCGAGAUUGCAAAAGAUCCAUGUCUAUCCAUCACCAAGUUUCAAGUUCUAGCUGAAAUGUUGCCUGAAAACGCUUGGAAAUGCCAUGACGGUCUCUAUAGAGCAAUUGAUAUGUUUCUCAAGACUCAUCCUUCACUAUCAGAGCAUGAUAGGAGAAGACUGUGCAAAACAAUGAACUGUGAGAAGCUAUCUCUUGAUGCGUGCCUUCACGCUGCACAAAAUGAUCGGUUGCCUUUGAGAACUAUCGUCCAGAUCAACACUCAAGUGCUUUUCUCGGAGCAAGUGAAGAUGAGGAUGAUGAUGCAAGAGAAGCAAGCGGGGAACAAUGAAGAGAACCCUGAAGGUUGUGACGAUAAACGAACGUCAAGAGAUAGUGAAGUGAGGAAACUUAAGGGAGAGCUGGAGAACGUGAGGAGUAAGAUGGCAGAGCUUCAGGACGAUUACAAUGAGCUUCAGCAAGAGUAUGAGAAGCUGAAUAGUAGCAAACAUAAGAGCACACAGUACUGGGGAUCGCGUUGGCAAAAGGUGAAGAGGUCAUUCCAGAUGAAACGAGAAGACGAUGAAACAAGAGAUACGCCACGAAGGCGACGAAGUUCCACGGGACCAAGAACCAGCUUGACGAGGAGAAGAAUGUCCAUGUCAUAAGCCUUAGCUUGGUGCUUUACUGAUGAAUUCAUUGAGAAGAGAUGCAAACACAAUCAUUGAGCUAAGUUUGUGAGUUAAAAAAAAAAAAGUUUGUGAGUUAAGUGGAAUUAAGAGUCAAAUUCUAUCAUAUAUCAAAUUAAUUAAAAUAUUUUUAUGCCUGCCUGCUA